AGACUAUGUUCCACCAGGAUGGGAACAUUGGAUGGGAUUGGUAAAAAAUAGCAAAUUUUACAAUUACACCAUCAACCUUAAUGGAGAUCGAGUCAAAUAUGGAGACCUGCUCAGAACUGAAUCGUGGAAUUACGCACCGAAUCCGGACAAGCAAUGGCUACUACAGCGCACGGGAAAGAUGGAACCUGUGCAUGUUGCAUUCACAGAUCUGUUGCAUAGACGUCGUAUGCAGACAUUGCAAAGCGUUGAUGAAGGAGUACAU